AUGAAUCGUCAGUCAAAAUGGAAUAAUAGCGUUGGGGUUAGAUCAUUUUCACUAGAUGACGAUCUAAGAGAUUCUCCUACUUUAGACAUUGCAGAGUUUGCUGGAGACGAGUUUAAACCUGAAACAUAUAUCCAAAAAGCUUUGGCAAAUGCCGCUGAAGAUGACGUAAGAGCAUUUUUAGACUCGCUUCGAGAAUCUAAAGAAUUAGCCUCUAUCGAUCUUCAGAGAAAUGUGUAUAAAAAUUAUAACGAAUUCGUAACAAUAUCUAAAGAAAUAUCAAAUAUCCUUACACUAGAAAGUGAUAUGCUAGUCUUGCGAGGAUUGUUAAAUAAAUUGCAAAAUGUUAGUGACAAUUUGAGAGACGAUAGUUCAGAGUCUAUAAAUGUUGGGAUUGCGCCAUCAGUGACUUCUGAACCCAUUGUACACAGAGGACGAAAGCCAACCUUAAAUAAUGCUUCAGACAUGCAGUCAAUUUGGAAAGCACAAAUUCAAGCACUCUGGGAUGGUGUGGAAGGUGCACAGAAUUUUGUCACAUUGGAACCCGGUCGUCAUAUUAUUCGCGAAUGUUCAAACUUUGUAGAAAUUAGUAUUAAUACUAAUAGGCCAAAACAAGCUGUUCAUCUUUUUUUACUCAAUGAUUGCUUAUUAGUUGCUGUAAAAAAAAAACGACAAGCGACCAAAGAUACAACAAAGAUUAGACUAGUAGCAGAUCGUUGUUGGUCUUUAGACGAUAUUAGUUUAAUAGAUAUGAAAGAUACUGAUGGUAGUACUCCCGAAGAAAAGAAAAAUUUGAUCAACAUGACUAAACGUGCUACUGACGAGAUGAUGUCAGCUAAAGCUGCAAAGAAUGCUGAUUUGAUAAUUAAUGCUCAAAACAGUCAACAACAACUUACUCCACUUAUAAGAUCCCUUUCGCGGAGAAGUCGUAACGCUUUAACAUCAUCAAUACGUAACCAAAAAAGCCCUGGUUCAAAAGCAAUUACAAGAUCCCCUAGAGAACUUUCAUUUAAUGACUUGCGUGAAAUCGAGGAUUUAGCGGACCAACUAGUUGUGUACAUUGCUACAAGAGAAUUUGAUGAAGCUGUAGAAAGUAUUGAAAAAGCUAAAGCAGUAUUAACUAAUAUAUCAGCUGAUGCUGCUAAAUUGGAUUCUAUCCGAGUAAAAAUGGAGGAUAGAGUGGUGCGACUUUCAUACGCAAUUAGCAGAGAUUUGACUAACCCUAAUGUAAAAAAGACUCAAGUACAAAAAUGUGUAAAAUGGCUAUUACGCCUUGGCUAUGGUGAACAGGCUCGAGAAUUAUUUCUGUCUGCGAGAACAAAUAAUAUUCGAAUAAGUACAAAGCAGUUGAAAUUUGAAGGCGACAUACCUCAAUACAUCAAUGAAUUGUCACUAGUGUACUUUACUUUGAUUAAAAAUACAUGUGAUUGGUAUAGUGCUGCAUUUAAAGACAUAAAAAUGUCAUCAGGUCUUAUUAAAUGGGCAAAAGAAGAAAUAGAACAUUACGCAAGUAUGUUCCAACGUCAAUUACGAGAAGUCGGGUUAGACCUUAAAUUUUUAUUAGAUACUCUUUUACAACUUGAUGGUUUUACAAUGAACCAUGGUGUUGUAUCAGAUGCUGCAAAUAAUACUAUAUUUAAAGAUCUUUCAGAACUAACAGAAGAGGAAGAAGAUUUAUUGGACUCUUAUG